AUGAAUCUUCUCUUCAUUUUGGCUACUUCUGCUUUGAUCUUCUUUGUUCAAUGUGACUAUGCAAGUGGUGGAGGCGAUGGAUCGGGAUAUACUGCAGGAGGUGGUGCAGCUGCUUCAUCUGCACCCGCAGAGGCUGCGCCAGCUCCGGAAUCAGCUCCAGCUCCCGAACCAGCUCCAGCACCUGAAGCCGCUCCUGCACCAGAGUCUGCCCCAGCACCAGCUCUAGAUGCUGCUCCAGCUGCACCAGCCGCCGAUGCCGGAGGAUAUGCAGCUGCCGCCCCAGUCGCAGGAGGAGGAUCUUACCCAUCAAAUAAGAGGAGAGUCGCCCGCGCUUAUACCGAUAGCGCUGCUCCACCAGCCCCACCAGUUGCUGAAGCUGCUCCAGCUCCAGCACCAGAGGCAGCACCAGCUCCAGAGGCAGCACCAGCUCCAGAGGCAGCACCAGCUCCAGAGGCAGCACCAGCUCCAGAGGCAGCACCAGCGCCCGAAGCCGCUCCUGCACCGGAACCUGCCCCAGCUCCAGCUCCAGAUGCUGCUCCAGCCGCUCCAGCCGCCGAUGCUGGUGGCUAUGCCGCUGCGGCCCCAGUCGCAGGAGGAGGAUCUUACCCAUCAAAGAAGAGGAGAGUCGUCCGCGCUUAUGCCGAUAGCGCUGCUCCACCAGCCCCACCAGCUCCUGAAAUCGCUCCACCAGCGCCAAAUGCUGCGCCAGCUCCGGAAUCAGCUCCAGCUCCUGAGCCAGCUCCAGCACCUGAAGCCGCUCUGCACCAGAACAUGCUCCAGCUCCAACGCCUGAUGCUGCUCCAGUUGAGAGGAGGAUCUUACCCAUCAAAUAAGAGGAGAGUCGCCCGCGCUUAUGCCGAUAGUGCUGCUCCACCUGCCGAGCCGGCUCCAGCUCCAGCUCUAGAGUCUACACCAGCUCCAGAGGCCGCUCCAGCACCAACGCCAGAGGCUGCACCAGCUCCCGAGCCGGUUCCAGCACCUGAAGCCGCUCCUGCACCAGAACUUUCUCCAGCUCCUGCUCCAGAUGCUGCUCCAGCUGCACCAUCCGCCGAUGCUGGAGGAUAUGCAGCUUCUGCUCCAGCCGGAGGCGGUUCUUAUCCGGCCAAAAAGAUGAUGAGAUUCAACCGACUCGUCGUUGCCUAA